CUUGUAUUUAAUAUCACUUAAAGUAGCUUCCCACAUUAUACUAGUAAUUCCUAUUUUCAUAUUUUGAUAUUUAGAUUAAGGUUUAUAUUCUCGUGUUUGGUUUAGUGAUUACUUGAUAGGGUCUAUGGACGAUUGGAGUUGACAUUGAGGAAAGCAUUACCACUUUCAUAUUUUGAUAUUUGGAUUAGGGUUUAUAUUUUGAUGUUGGGUUUAGUGAUUACUUGAUGGAGUUUAGUUUAUGGACUAUUGAGGUUGACAUUGGGGCAAACAUUACCACUUUAAUACUGUGAUAUUUGGAUUAGGGUUUAUAUUCCCCCGUUGGGUUUACUGAUUACUUGAUAGGGUUUAGUUUUUGGACAAUUAGGAUUGACAUUAGGGCAAGCAUUACCACGUUCCAUGAAGCCAUAGGUAUAUCAACAUUUGAGAAAGAUGGUAUAUUGUCUUUAGAUUGCAACUACAUUUUCACUUUAUCUAUUCUACAUGCCUCUUGUAUAAUGGAAAUGAAUCUGUAUGACAUUUUGAAAUUUGGGUUUAGUUUACGGAAGAUUUGUGUUGACGUUGGAUUAGGGUUUAUAUUUUCAUGUAAGAUAUAGUGAUUAGUUGUUAGGGUUUAGUUUAUGGACGAUUGGAGUUGACAUUGGGGCAAACAUUACCACUUUCAUAUUUUCUUUUAGAGUUUAGUGAUUAGUUUUUUUUUGUUGUUUAGUUUAUGGAAGGUUUGAGUUUGAUGUUGGAGUAAACAUAACUUCAUUCCAUGUAAUCAUAGACAUUUCAAAAUUUGAACAGUGUAUAUUAUGCUAUUUCGUUUGUUACUAUUCUAUUUUAAUAAUGAUUCAUAUGUACUAUUUGCAUAUUGUGAUAUUUGAGUUAGAAUUUAUAUUUUCUUUUAGGGUUUAGUGAUUAGUGCUUUGAAUUUAGUUUAUAGAAGGUUUCGGUAAACGUUGUAGUAAGCAUUACAUGCUUUCAUGCAAUCGUAUACAUUUCAAAAUUUGAACAAUAUGUAAUAUGUUAUUUCGUUGUUACUAUUCCGUUGCUAGGGUUGUCAUAUACUAUUUUGGUUAUAUGGAUGUGACUUUGUAACUUUCAGUUCUUCACAUGUGUUCACAUAUAUUACUUACUUUGAACACAUUUUUUUAUUUUAAGACGUCUACUAUUUCUUCUCAUUUUUAUUGCAUAGCGUUAAAAUUUAGGUGGUAAAUAAAUAUAGGAUAUGCGCUUUGUUUUUAUAUAUGAUUGUAAUACGUCAUAAAAAGCACGACGUCAUUUACUCUCUCGUUUGCAAUUGGAAACUUGUUAAGUACAAAGAUAAAAGCAAACAAUUUAGAGUCUAAAUAUUUGACAUUGCAUUAUGUCAAAAUUAUUGUUACUCACCUAAUUUGUGUUAAAAAGCGGCUAUUCGACAAAUAAAUCCUUAAAUAAAUGUAUAAAUUAAGUUGAUGAACUACAUUAUAUUGAGGGGUAUUUUGUUUUAAGAAAAAAAAUGAGAAUUAUUGUCCGGACAAAUAAUUUUCGUUUAUGAAAGUGAGAGUUGUUAUUUUAUGAUCAUAAGCCAGAUGACGGUUCAAUAUGUCCUCCAUGAGCUGUUCGUUACAUGAUUUGUUAUGUUGUUUACGUUUUUAUAUAGAUAGUUUUCAUAAUCUUUACUAUUAAUGUAUGAAUAACUAAAUCAUUUAUUGAAAGUUAAUCACAACCGAAGAGACUGAUUUCACAAUCCAACCACCCUUCUGUGCACGUUCCAACUUACAAAUAAGAAUGAGAAUUCUCCUUUUUCUUCAAUUAAAAAAAACAUUAAUGAAGGCAUCUUUCAACUUCUCGAUAAUUUUUCUCGAUUUUUCUAAGUUUACUUGUUUUAGAUUAUCCCUUUGAAUGCACAAGUAUUAUAUACAUGAAAACGGUUCUGCCAAACUACUAUUCAAAACCUUCAUAAAGAAAAUAAAACAGAAAACUAAUUUCUAGUAACAUUAUUUUUAGUGAUUAUAUUCUUUGCUGUUCGCAAUAAUGAGAAUAAUGAUAAGAUGUUUAUAAACAAAGAAAAAGAAAAAUAAUGAGAAUAAUAACGGUUAUUCAAGAACAUAAUAAAAAUUAAUAAUUACUUAAUUUUGGAGCGGCUCACAGAAACCACGUACGUACCAGAGAAAGCAUACUCUGUUAUCUUUGAAUCUCCACGCUUCCUCUUUCUCUCUCUCUCUCUCUCAUCUGCAAAAUUCCGUUUUUCAUUUUCUCUCUCUCUCUUCUUGUCAAAAGUGAGAAAGCGACCGGAGUUCCGUACUUUGGAUUAGAUGUGUUUCGUCUCGCUGUUUCGUCAGUUUCCUACUACACACCAUUAGUCUUCCCUCUCUCUCUCUCUCUCUCUCUCUGUCUGAAUACGACUUUCCCUCUGUUCCCCCAUUUCUUCUCUCUCAUCCUCUCACAUUCUCUCUAUUAUCGAGGCUUCAUUGAUUCACCAGAGACAAUCUCAUUGAAUAUAGUUUUUACCCCUCUCGAUCGAUUCAUUGCGUAAAGCUCGUCUCCUGUGUUCUAUUCUGUUCUGUUCUGUUCCUGUUUCAGACUCUGUCUUUUUUUUUUCUUUUUCUAAUCAAGAAUUGGCUCUGUGUAAUAAAGUUUUAUCCUUUCUUCUCUUUUAAGACAAUCAAUAGUUCCGAAGGUCACUCUCUCUUGUCGGAUUCCUUAUAUGAUUCAUCAGAUCGGAAGUAUUCACUUUCUCUACAUCUAUUAACUUUUCUUUCACCGGAGAAUGGGAGGCUUAUUACAUCUCUUCGAUUUCCACAACAACAGUUUCUCCCGGAGAGUUUUCUCUCAUCACAAAACCCGCGACGAAGAUCUGGAAGCUCCUAGGAAUAGUUUUGAGCUUCAAGUUGACAAUCUUCACACUUUCCAUAACGACAAAGAUAAACCGAGUAAUGGAUUUGAGGAAGAGGAAUGGUACGAGAGAAGCUGUUACCCCAUCGAAGAAUCAAUGAAGAAGAAGAUCAUCGAAGAGCUCUCGAAACGUUCCAACGACAAACAUAACUCCCCAAGCCUUGUAGCUAAGCUGAUGGGAAUGGAAGCACUUCCUUUGGAGUCAACUAAAUCAACGGCUUGGAUCAAUCCUCGCCACACUGCUAAAGUGGAUCAAGGAGGAGGGAAAAGAAACAAGAAGGAGAGGAGGUUAGCCUCAUCAGCAGUGAAUGCAAUGGAGACAGAUGAUAUCACAAAUCCACCAAUGCGUAGAGAACAUCCUCAAGAAGAAGAGCUUCAAAGAUUCAGAAGAGAGUUCGAAGCAUGGCAAGCUGAUAAAAGGUCUAAAGACUGUUCAAGAAUCAUCGAUUCCGGCUCCGAGAAAGAGAGGCUCUUCACAAGAACUAGAAGCUUCGGUCGAGAUUUCAACUUGAAAUCAGACAGAACCGGUCCGACAAGGAUCGUGGUUCUAAGACCAGGUCUUCAGAGAGUGUACGAUUACGAAGACUCGCUAACUAGUUCUUCGGGGACGACCAUGGAAGGAAGCAGAGGUAGCAGCAUAGAAGAGUUUCUCGAGGAAGUGAAGGAGAGGCUAAAAGGUGAGCUUCAAGGAAGAGCUGCUCUCAAGAGAAGCUCAUCAGUAAGAGGAAGCGGGAUCGAGACUCCUUUCAGCGAAAGGCCCUUUCCGAGAUCUGAAUCGAUGAGAUCGUACGCCGCGAGUGAGGUUCAGUGCAAUGCACCAGACUCUCCUCAAGAUUUUAUUAGUAGAGAUACAAGAAAACUACUAGCAGAGAGAGUUCGCAAUGUUUUGAGUAAAGAGACGAGUAGCAGUAACCGUUUGAGGCCUACUGUAUCGGACGCCGAGAGCUUGCAGAAACAUACCGAUGAAAUCGAAGAAGACUCGAGAAGAAAUGUUCAUAAGAAGGAGCCUUCAUCGCCAAGAAACCUCAAAAGAUCACUCUCUGCUCCCGUCUCAGGGACCUCGUUUGGCAAGCUUCUGUUGGAGGAUAGGCAUGUUUUGACUGGCGCGCAGAUCAUGAGGAAACACGAGUCUGUAAUAACAGAGGGAGAAGAAACAGAAACAGAAACAGAACCAGUUGUUGUGGAUCCAAUCAGGAGGAAAGAAAGAUUCAACCUCAGGAAGAAAGUUUCCAGUUUCAGAUCAACUCUUAGAGGAAGAAUCUUUGGUAAGAAGAUACGUUCAAUGAUCGAAUCUAACAGCUUUGAGGAUGAAUCGAUCAAAGACUUUGUGACGGGUUCGAGGUUUAAUAGCUUUUACGAUCGAAAUGAGAAUUCAACAGAAGUGCCUCCAAGUCCUGCAUCAGUCUGCAGCAGUACUCCAGAAGAGUUUUGGCGAAAUGUCGAUUAUCUCAGCCAGGUUUCGACGCCGGAUGUGACUGUAUCUGAUGAGAAUGGUAUGCCUCAAGUAUUCAGAGAUAUCAGUUCCAAUCUAAGUGAACUAAGAAGGCAGAUAAAUGAGCUUGACUCAGAUAUACAAGUACCAACGCCUGUGGAGGAAGAAGCUGCUCGAGAGAUUGAGAUCACCGUUGAUUUAGGAAAUCCAGAUAAGACAUUUGUUAGAGAUCUUCUUGUGGCUUCUGGUUUGUAUGAAGGGACAACAGAUAGAUCAUUGUCUAGAUGGGAUCCAUUUGCAAAGCCUAUAAACAAGUCUGUUCUUGAAGAAACUAAAGAGAAUCUAAAGAAGAGAAGCAAUCAGAAUCAAGAAGACGAAGAGGAUAUUGAAGAUAAUCACAACAUACUGUUUGAUCUUCUGAACGAGGUGCUUACGGUGGUGCUUGGACCAGUGAGAAAGUCAGGUUACAGGAAGAAACUUAUGAACUCGUACGUGUUUGAACCAACGUCUAUACGAGGUAAAUAUUUGCUGGAAUCAGUUUGGAGGAUCAUGUCGGAGUAUUUAUAUUCUCAGCCAGAGAAACCCUUUUGUUCAUUGGAUGGGAUCAUUGGUUGGGACUUGGAGAGGUGUCCAUGGAGUGGUUUGAUUGAUGAAGAAGCUACUGUGUUGGGGAGAGAAGUUGAAGGUAUGAUCAUGUCUGAUCUUGUUGAGGAAGUUGUUAAAGAUCUAAGAGCACAAAUGGUUUAAGAUAAAUAAGAGUUGAGAUGCUGAAGCAGAACUGAUUGAUUUGGUUUGGUUACGUGAAUGGUUUUUUUUUUGGGUGUGUUUCUGUAAAUAGGGUUAUUUUUAAGGGAGUGUUUUUUCUUGAAGAGGGGAGUUUCCAUGGUACCUGUAAUUGUUUAUUUGCAGUACAGGGAAGCUCUCUUCUCAUUGCUACAUAACUACUAUUUUACUAAUACUAAAAUGAGUUUAUAAAAUUUAAUGGUUCAUAUUCA